AUGGACCAAUAUAGUAUCAGUGAACCAAAACCAAAGGAAUCAGCUAACUAUGGUCGGUUUCAAUCCAAAAAUUCAAUAUUAUUCUAUACUGUGCUUUCAAUUUUAUAUGUCUUUACAUUUGGAUUAAUUUUGAAUAAGAAUUUUUCUACAUUGUCAAUUACUUUCAUUAUUGCCUUCAUAAUUCUUUUAAUGUUCCUUUUUGGACUUUCCACAGAGCAACUGGAUCGAUGUAAACAUCCAGGAUACCUCAGUGAUAAUAUAUUUGAAUUAAAGAAUUUAGGAUGUGCGUGUAUUAAAAGUUUUAUACUUUUGUUUGCACUUGUUAUAUUAUUUGUAGCAUUCAUUGUUAGUGCUUUUAGAACAGAAGCUGCUGGUUCAAAAGUCAAAUUGCGAAAAUCUUAA